UGGAAUGUAUUUGGUCUGGUUAUUUGGAAGCUUACGUAAUCUUACAUAUUUUAAAGUAAAUAGAUCUCUAAUUAAAUAUACAAAUUCAUGGGAGGCAUAAUUUUGUUUCAUUGUAUACAAUUAUAUAGAUGGACGCACUUGCUGUAAAAAUACCAAAAGGUUAUAUUACAUGCAUUUUCGAUUUUAGUAAUUUUAUCCGCUUUUAAUGAGGAACACUAGAUAUAUAUCUUGAGAAGAAAAAAAUGGAAAAAGUUAAUGGCAUGGAGUAAUCAAAGGAUAAUCACGUAAAAUCAGUAAAUGCAAACCCCUCAAAAUCUAACAAAAACAAUAAAACAUUGAGAAUAUUUUCUAAAAAAUAUAUAUUCUUCGAUUUACAAUAAAUCUAAGAUUCUUUUACAGAAUUUCUGUUUUUUUUUACCGCACUAAUCCUUGAAGAAUGCUCCAAACCGAAUCAAGAAAAUGGAUCCAAAAACGUUGUUUUGCUUACCAGAAGGAGAUGCCUUGUUUAAUCCACUCAACACCAUGUUUAUUCAAAUGGCUUGCAUUCUCGUCUUCUCUCAGUUCUUCUAUCUCUUCCUUAAACCCUGUGGCCAAGCCGGUCCCGUUGCUCAGAUUCUCGCAGGGAUUGUGUUGAGUUUGCUCACAAUAAUCCAAAAAGUUCACGAUUUCUUUCUACAAAAAGAGUCAGCAAGCUACUACAUCUUCUUCUCAUUCCUUUUACGUACAUGUUUCAUGUUCUUGAUCGGUCUCGAACUCGAUCUUGACUUCAUAAAACGAAACUUGAAAAACUCCAUUCUCAUAACCUUUGGCACAUUACUCUCUUGUGGCAUAAUCUGGAUCCCUUUCCUGUGGUUCCUCGUCCACUUCCUUCACAUCAAACAAGACUUCUUAACGUUUUACCUAGCCUUCCUCGUUACCUUAUCCAACACGGCGUCUCCAGUAGUCAUCCGCUCCAUCAUUGAUUGGAAACUCCACACGUCCGAGAUCGGACGGCUAGCAAUCUCCUGCGGAUUGUUCAUCGAGAUAACCAACAUAUUCGUCUACACCUUUGUCAUAUCUUACAUCUCAGGGACAAUGAGUGGCGAUAUCUUUGGCUACAUAUUCGCCACAGGAGUUAUAAUACUGAUCAAUAGAUUCUUAGCUGCAUGGCUCCCGAAACGAAACCCUAAAGAGAAGUACCUCUCUAAAGCUGAAACUCUCGCCUUCUUCAUCCUUAUUCUAAUAAUCGCGUCGACCAUCGAGUCCAGCAACAUAAACUCCACGGUGUUCGUGUUUUUCAUCGGAUUGUUGUUUCCGAGAGAAGGCAAGACUUACAGAACGUUGAUCAACCGGCUGAGUUACCCUAUUCACGAGUUUGUUCUUCCGGUUUACUUUGGUUACAUUGGGUUUAGAUUCAGCGUCAGCUCGUUAACCAGACGACAUUACCUCGUUCUUGGUAUGACGGUGGCUUUAAGCAUCGUAGGGAAGCUUCUUGGAGUUUUAUGCGCUUGUUCGUUCCUUAAGAUACCAAAGAAGUAUUGGCUUUUCUUGUCUACUGUUCUUUCGGUCAAAGGUCACAUGGGUCUGGUUCUCCUCGACUCUAACUUGGCUUACAAGAAAUGGUUUACUCCGGUAAUAAAUGAUAUGUUCGUUGCAUCAUUGGUGAUCACGACUUUGUUAAGCGGAGUACUAUCGUCAUUAUUACUUUGGACGCAAGAAAAGGGUUUCUCACACCAGAAAACAUCGCUUGAGUUCCACGACACCAAAGACGAACUACGAGUGUUGACUUGUGUCUACGGUGUGCGUCAAGCUCGUGGACUAAUCUCUUUAGUCUCUGCUUUACACGGAGCUUCUUCUUCGCUCUUCACGCCUUAUCUCAUGCACCUCAUACCCCUCCCGAAGAAGCGGAAAACUGAGCUGUUGUACCACGAGCUAGACGAAGAUGGAGUGAACGCCAUCGGCGGAGACGAUGAGUUUGGAACCAACGAAGGACUAGAGAUCAAUGACUCGAUAGAUUCUUUCACUAGAGACAGAAAGAUCAUGAUCCGGCAAGUGAAACUCGUGGCGCAGAUGGAGAACAUGCACGAAGAGAUCUGUGAUGGUACCGAAGAUCUUCGCGUUUCGAUAGUGUUUCUUCCGUUCCAUAAACACCAGAGGAUCGAUGGGAAAACUACAAAUGAUGGGGAAGUGUUUAGGGAUAUGAACCGGAAGGUUCUAAAGCAAGCACCUUGUUCGGUCGGUAUCUUUGUGGAUAGAAACAUAACCGGGUUUCACCAGCUUCACGGGUUUGAUUCGGUGCAACACGUUGCUGCAUUGUUCUUUGGUGGUCCUGAUGAUCGUGAGGCUCUUUCCUUGUGUCAUUGGCUUACUAGUAACUCUCAGAUUCAUCUCACUAUCAUACAGUUUGUUACGGAUGAUUCAAAGGUGGAGAAAGUUGUUGGAGACGCGGUGACUAAAGAAAACAACGAUGUGUUAUUGGAGAUUGUUGGUGAAGAUCACACCAAAGAUGAAAUUGAUCGAAUUUUCUUAGAAGAAUUUUAUAACAGAUUUGUAACGACGGGGCAAGUUGGAUUCAUAGAGAAGCGAGUAAGCAACGGAACACAAACACUGACGAUCCUGAGAGAGAUAGGAGAGAUGUAUUCACUAUUUGUAGUAGGGAAAAACAGAGGAGAUAGCCCAAUGACGUCGGGGAUGAACGAUUGGGAAGAGUGUCCGGAGCUAGGAACGGUCGGAGAUUUCUUGGCUUCAUCGAAUAUGGAUGUAAAUGCUUCUGUAUUAGUAGUUCAAAGACAUAGACAUUCUUUUGAUAGCUUUGUGGAUGAAUAGCAAACAUUUCUUUAGUUUUACACAACAAUAUUUUUCUUUUGCACAAAGUCAGACUUUCACCAUUUGAAAACAUGUGAACCGGAGAAUUUACAAGCUACAUACACUCCUAAGAACAGGAUUAAUGCAGGGGCCUAGAAAUGCUAAGGAGUGGGCUCCACCACAAGAGAGGAAGAAGCGAUACCAAAGACGCCAGAUCAAGCAUCGAGGCUAGCACUGUUUCGCGGGUUCCACUGACACGUGGCGGCCCGCGAUUGGUUUGUUUUUAAUUUUUUUUUCUAAACCAGAC